CGGCGGCGGGCGGAAGUGGGCUCGGGCGCGAAGCCGCCAUGCCGCGGGCGGCCGCGCUGCUCUGGCUGCUGCUGCCGGGGCUGGCGGCGCUGGAGCCGCUCAGCGUGGGCCUGGCCAUCGGCGUCGCCUCGGCCCUCACCGGCUACCUGUCCCACCCCAGCUUCUACUGCAGCUACGUGGAGUGCUGCCCCAGCGCCGGGCACCGCCUCAACGCCACCGCGCUGAAGGUGCAGCUGGACACCAAGCUCUUCGGGCAGCACCUGGCCAAGGACGUGGUGCUGAAGGCAGUGAUGGGCUUCAGCAACAACCCCAGCCCCAAGAAGCCGCUGACACUCUCGCUCCAUGGCUGGGCUGGCACCGGCAAGAACUUCCUCAGCCAGAUCCUGGCAGAGCACGUCCACCACGCCGGCCUGCGCAGCAAGUUUGUCCAUCUCUUCCUGGCCACCCUGCACUUUCCCCACCAUGACCAACUCAAGCUUUACAAGGAACAACUGCAGAACUGGAUUCGGGGCAAUGUCAGCGCCUGUCCCCACUCUGUCUUCAUUUUUGAUGAAAUGGACAAAAUGCAUCCAGGCCUCAUUGAUGCCAUCAAGCCAUUCUUGGACUAUUAUGAGCAGGUUGAUGGGGUGUCCUACAGGAAAGCCAUCUUCAUCUUCCUCAGCAAUGCAGGUGGUGACUUAAUUAAUAAAGCAGCUCUUGACUUCUGGACAAGUGGAAGGCACAGGGAGGAGAUUCAGCUGAAAGACCUGGAGUCUAUGCUAUCUGUAGGAAUCUUCAAUAACAAGAAUAGUGGACUGUGGCACAGCAGCCUCAUCGACAGGAACCUCAUUGACUACUUUGUCCCCUUCCUGCCCCUGGAGCACAGGCAUGUGAAGAUGUGCGUCAGGGCUGAAAUGAGAGCCCGUGGCUAUGCUGUCGAUGAGAACGUUGUUCAAGCAGUGGCUGAUGAGAUGACGUUCUUCCCAAAAGAGCAGAAAAUCUACUCUGAUAAAGGCUGCAAGACUGUACAGGCCAAGCUGGAUAUUCACGAAGACAUUGCAAUGAGAGAUACAAAAGUCAAGGGUUGAUUACCCUUCAGGUCUCCAAAGCACUUUUAGAGCUUUUGGAAAUCUGUGUAUUUGCACUUAAGCUUUUUUACUGUUGCAGGGAGUAUGGUGAAAAUACUAGAGUGACUUGUGUGGGCUUUUAAACUUUUUUUUUUUUUAACUUAACAUACCACUGUUCAUCUCUGAACUGGCUGGUAUCCAUAUUUUUCUUUUAACCUAUACAGAAUUUGAGUGUGACGUAUAUAUAUAGCACUGGAUACAGCCUCUUCUGCUUUAUUCUUCCAAGUGCUGGGAUUAUUGAGUAUUUUAUUCCUCUUUCCACAAAAAAACUAGACUAGAGCAAAGGAGAACAGAAGAAUUCUUUCAAGCAGUCAUAUUCUCUUCCUUGUACGUGGUCUCAUUCAUGGGCUAGUGAAAUGAAGGGAUGUGUGGUGUAUGCGGGACUACAAUGGUGCCUGCGAGGGUGAAUACCUUGAUGCGUUGCAGUAAGAAGAUGGUCUGGUGGAAGGCUUCCUGUCCUUCGCAGCAGAUUGAUGCUGUUGUGGCUUCUACAGACAAGCGUCAAGUAUUCAGGGACAGAAGGGCAUGAUUAUAGUUUAUGUCUGAGCUGUGGCAUCAUAGCACAUCUCCUGCCACAGUAAUAUGGAAAGUUACGAUGAGCUCAGGGAAAUCUGUUACUAAAUAUUAGAGAAAGGGCGUGUGUGGGGGGGAAGUAACUGCUUGCUUCUUUGGAGAAAAAGAAAUUGUAAAAAAAAGCUUUAUAUUCUUCUAACUAAGGGGGCUAAGUGAAUUUGUAUGGUAACUCCAGGGUGUUUGUCUUCCUAAGCAGAGGGACCCAUCCAAGGGAUCUGUUAAAACACAGUAGGCCAGUCUUCUCUUCUCAGUGAGAAAAAUCUCACAUGAGGAUUUGACUUACAGCUUGUCAGGUUAAUCUGCAUGUGGGCUCCUGGGCUUGAAGUCUGCAAGAUCUUUAGUCCCUCCCAGCUGUACCCAGUAGCCUAGGCCUGUGUAAUGCUGCUUUCACCUUGCUUCGAAGACACUUUCAUGGCAGAAGUUAUUUUUAAUAGUGUAUUUUUAUACUGAAGUGUAAACAAGAGCAAUACAAAGCUCUUCCUAGAGACCUGCAGAGAAGGGAGUAUGGGAAAUGAGAGCAAUCAACAAUCCCAUACCUCACUAGAUAAGUAUGUUUUAUAGUAGCUUUUUUAAAGAAUGUCUGUAUGGAAGGAUGAGUGAUGGAUUAGGAAACUGGGAAAGAUGAUUUAACCUUCACCCACUUGGUAAGGCUGCGGUUUACAACACUGUUGCAAGCUUUAACUCCUUCAUCAUCCGUCACUUGUGGCUUAAAUACUGUAGUGCAAGACAGAAGUGCCUAUCACUUGGUUCACUGUAGUGUGUUUCUUAAACUGGUACGAGGGAGUGGGCUAUUUUUGUGCUGCAGCAUCUACUCCCUCACUUGUACUUAAACUUGCUUUAACAUGUGAUGCAAAACUUAGAGGUCUCAACACUAUUAUGUUAAUUCAAAUUCAAACAGAGAGCUUGGCAUCUAUGUUAAGCUCUAAACUAAAAGCGUCAAUUGCCUUUUACAACCUCGUGGAAUUUGUCAAAUGUUGGCAAAGUGUUCAUGCUGAUGCAAUCUCCAGAGCCAAAUGCUAGCUAGCUGUUAACCUUGGGACAUUGGACUGUUGCUUUUCAUGUGUAAUGUUUUGCCUAUUACCUGACUUAUUCCUAGGUGUAAAUGCUGCAUCCAGUUUCAGUUACUCUGAAUACAAAAUACUUGUGCAGUUUCAAAACACUACAUAUUACUACUGUGCUGCACUUGGAAUAAAUCUUAAGUCACUUUUC